AGCAGAUAGUCAUUAAUUGUAUAUACCUUUACACACAUGGAUUAUUUGAUUUGGUAUUCCGUUCAGACUCCAGACAUCAGAACAUCAUGUUCAGCUGUUACUGUGCGUUUAUUUGGGGCUCUGUCUUUAUCUGGAGAGUUAUACAUUUCCGUUUGCAUUGGAAAGAUUCUUUGAAGGAAUUGGACCUGAAACCCGUCUUUGCGUGUAGAAACCCAGUACCGUGUCAGUGUGAUUGAUCGGAUUGGAGGGGCGAUGAAUGGCUGUGGAUGAGACAGGGAUCUUUCUAGGCGGUCAGGGUCCGUGCAUCUGCAGCAGCUCCCCCCCCUCUCUAACAUGCACAGUCACAAGACCGGCAAUCCGGCGGCGCCGGGAUUUACAUACUGCCGAGGGCUGACCCCGCUUUGCACGUCUCACCGCAUCCACGAUGACAUUGUUUACUGUCAGCCCCGGAUUGUAACACGGGCUGGACGCCGGUGAGGUGCGAGCCAUGGCUGCCGCCAAGUCGCUGCUGUCCGCCGGCCUCUUUUUCUCCCUUUGCGCCCUGGCCAUGCUGACGGUGGCUAUCUACUCCGAUCACUGGUACGAAACGGACGCCAGGAAGCACAGGGAGCGAUGCCGGACUUUCUCCAGCCGCAGGAACGACCCGGGCUUCAUUUACAUCUCCAACAGCAGCCUUCCGCUGCGGGCGAGCCGGGCGCGGACGGAGCCGGGGAAGGGGCUGCUAACACGGAAUCGCCGGCAGAUGUUCGCCCUGAGCGCCGCGGACGAGUGCAGCCGGCGUUUUAACUCAACCAACAUGGGACUGUGGAGCAAGUGCCAUCGGCAAGGCUUCGACCAGGACAUCGAUGAGCUCAUUCGCAAAGGUUCUAUUGCAAGAUGUUCCUACAUCAAAUACCAUUAUUCUGCAGCCAACAUCCCGAAGAAUCUGUCCCACAACAUGACAAAGACCAUCAGACAGGACGAGUGGCACGCCUUACACCUGCGGCGGAUGACGGCUGGAUUCAUGGGCAUGGCAGGGGCCAUCAUCCUCUUCGGAUGGCUGGUGGGGUUGUUGGGCGGCUGCUGGGAUCAGGGUCUCAUGCAGUAUGUGGCUGGACUGCUCUUCCUCAUGGGUGGCACCUUCUGCAUAAUCUCCCUCUGCACUUGUGUGGCCGGCAUCAACUUUGAGUUCUCCCGCUACCCACGCUACCUGUAUGGACUGCCCGACGAUAUCGCCCAUGGUUACGGCUGGUCCAUGUUCUGUGCCUGGGGGGGGUUGGGGCUGACGCUUAUCGCUGGGUUCUUCUGCACCCUGGCCCCCUCUAUGCAACCUGUGCCAUCCCAAUGCUCCAAGACGCGGCCGGAAAACGGCACCGUGUGCUGAGGACCCCGAACCUCUCUGCACGUUCCAGCGUGUGAAAAGAGAGGGGGAGCACCAUGUACAUUUUGGGCAGCGCAAACGACGUGCAAAAAAAAAAAUGUGUGUGUUCAAACACAGGCCUUUGCUAGGUUUUGCCAAAAGACUGAGAGAAACAGGACAUUGUGUUACGGCUGCUUCCCAAACGGAACACUUGACAGCAUCUGAAUAACAAGUGCUGCAGAUUAACAAGUCAAUCUCUAUUGUGAAGGACAGGAUUCUGCUUAAGGAAAUUUCAAAAGAAAGGAAUUAAGAGAUGGCGGUUUAGCUCGGAGGCUGCGACAUAAGAAGCCUGGCCUGUAAUAUAGCGGAUGGAAAACCCUCUGCUUCCUUAAGGAACCAUUCCCAAAAAGCGUGGAAAUCUGCACGGGACAGACGAUGGGAUUAUCUGAGUACUAUCAGGCUUUUCCGGAGCUGGGGUCCUUAAUUCACCUAGGGGGCCCUACUCUCUUCUGGGAAAGUUCUCAUGAAAACCAUUUUGCUUGUCGUUGAAUUUCCCCACACAAACUGGGAGGAAAGGAAAACAAAAAUUCACAUUUGUGCUUUAUUGAGCUUGUGAUCACAAAUUACUUUUUCAAACCCUUUCGAACGUGUCGUGUCAACAGUUUCCUCUUUCUAGUGCAAAUCUGAACGCGGUUUCUUGAGAGCGCUCUGAACGUAACCCAUUAAGCAUGUCAAACUUCAAGCACUCUUGUCAGGUUUCCCCACAUGUAAAUAGCUGUAAAAUUACACUAUAGACAAAAAAAUGUGAAGAGGAUGUUGGCUAUUUCCACCAUUAAGGGUACAUUUUCCUCGAAGCAAUUCAGGGCUCUCAAUGGGCUGCAGUCUGACGAAGCAUUGUAAAGUUACAGACGGCAGAACAUCUCCUGAGGCAAUAUAUACACUAUAAUUCAGUCCAUGUUGUAUUCCAGAAAAGGGGGGGGGGUGACCUGACUCAAUAAGAACACCUCGACUCUUAGCCAUCACCGAGAUAGAAGCAUAUUAUGAGCUUAAAAGACAAUCUGCUCUGAGACUAGUGGGUCUUAGAUGGCUGCAAGAGAUGAUUCGUGAAAUGACCGGAUUCCUUCGCUUAAAAGGGAAAGCAAAGUGAUAAUCAAAUCUGGUACUAAAAAGUAAACCAAGGCCCAGUUAGUGACGGACAGUCACUCGGGCCACAGGCUUUUCAUUUCCUUGAUUUUCCUCAGACUACAGGAACAUCAAGCUAAAAUAACUUAAAGCUAAAUCACCGUAUUCAAGCACAGAACCCAGCUUCGUUUGAAUGCAUGGAUGGAGCAGAAAUCAUCAUGCUCUGAACACCAUACUUCUCUUGCAGCUGGACUUUGGUCAUUGGUACAAAGACAAGGGUAGGAGACAUUCUGUAAUUAUUUAACAAUAAAUAAAGGAUAUGACUGCUUUUUA